AUGGAGAACUACCGCCAAAUAUCACUGACUUGUAUUGUUUGCAAGAUUGCAGAAGCUGUGGUAAAGUCCCGUGUGGUCGACUUUUGGUAAGUCCUCAAUCUUUUUAAUCCAGACUAAUUUGCGUAUCUAAGGGGUAAAUCCACGUUGGCACAAUUCCUUACAUGUUACAAUGACUGA